UUUCAUAAUUAAAUUAAUAUUUUUAGAAUUUUAUUCCUUGUAAUAUUUGAGGAUGGUUCUACCUCCUGAUAUAAACUAUGAUGAGAAGAAGCUGUUAGCGCACAAAUUUGAUAGUUUACUCCUCCUUCUCUUUACAUUCCUUCUCACCCUUACAGUUUUAACAAUAUGGCUCUUCAAACACAGGAGAAUUGCUUUUGUUCACGAGACAGGGUUGGCUAUUGUAUACGGGCUAAUCAUGGGUGCAAUCAUUAGGUUUGGAGUACAGGAAGAAAAAGAGACAAUACGUAUGAACGUGGUACCAGAGCACAACCGUCCCAUGGAUCUGAGUAAACAGGGUAUCCCGGAUCAAUUGUAUCUUCUAACAAGACAAGCCAAGGACACGGAUACAGAGUUUGAUAACAGAACCUGGGUCUAUACUUUUAAAGGAGAAGUGAAGGAUGCCAAUGAGAGUGAGAUCGAUGAGAAAGCAAUCUUUGAUCCUGAAAUAUUCCUGAACGUACUUCUUCCUCCGAUCAUCUUCCACGCCGGAUAUUCGAUGAAGAAAAAAUACUUUUUCCGGAAUCUUGGAUCCAUCUUUACAUUUGCCUUCAUCGGUACAACAAUAUCCACGUUUAGUGUUGGCGGGCUCAUGUUCGGGGUGUGUCAGCUGGUUCCACAUCUCAGUAAUGUCACAUUCAUCGACAAUCUUCAGUUUGGAGCUCUCAUUUCAUCCACAGAUCCGGUCACAGUUCUCGCCAUUUUCAGUGAUUUGAACGUUGACGUGAAUCUGCAUGCACUUGUGUUCGGUGAGAGUGUGUUGAACGAUGCUGUGGCGAUUGUCUUCUCAGAAACUCUCAAGGACUAUGAGGAGAACGUGGCGGAGUGUGGUCCCGAUGAGAACUGUUCCUACACAGCUCUCCAGGUCUUCAAGGCUAUCGUUGAUUUCUUCGGUAUAUUCGGAGCUUCCUUCCUGGUCGGCACCAUCAUGGGAUCCCUCACUGCGCUCAUCACUAAAUUCACGCACAUCAAGUCCUUUUCUGUUUUUGAUACACCUCUUUUUUUUUCAACCUUUCUCCUGGCCGAGGUAUUCGAGUUGACCGGUAUAGUUGCUGUUCUCUUCUGUGGAGUCUGUCAGGCCCAUUAUACGUACAACAAUCUGUCUCAAGAGUCUCAGAUUACAACCAAAGGAUUCUUCGAUAUUAUCAACUUUAUGGCAGAGAACUUCAUUUUUUCAUACAUAGGGGUUGCUAUGUUUACGUUUCCAAAGCACAGGUUCGACGCGACCUACAUUGCCGGAGCAUUCAUCGCAAUGCUUAUUGGUCGUGUUCUCAACGUGUACCCGCUCUCAGGCCUUCUAAAUAUAGGACGGAAAAACAAAAUUUCUGGAAAAGUUCAGCAUAUGAUGGUGUUCUCUGGACUCCGCGGUGCCAUUGCAUUUGCGCUUGCCAUUCGAAAUACACUGACUGAGUCUCGUCAGCUUAUCCUCUCCACAACUCUUAUCAUUGUCAUCGUUACGGUCAUAUUCAACGGAGGAAUGACGAUAUCCGUCCUGUCCUGGCUCAAAAUUCCAACAGGUGUUGAGGAGGAUGAGAGGGAUGGAUUAUCAGGAUCCAACCCUAACAGCUACCAGAGCGUGGAAGGAGCUGAAACCAAUCAACCUCCCAGGAUCAAACCAGACAAAUCCUGGGUUGCGAAGAAGUGGAGCGGGAUGGAUCGAAGAUUUUUUAAACCUCUCCUGACACACAGUCAUCCCACUCUCCUAGAUACACUGCCAACUAGAUGCCUGGGGUUGGGACGUAUCCUCACUAGCUCCGAGCAGUUGAUGCAUCAUCCUAUGAUGAAGAAGGUUGAAACUGCUGAUACAGAAACACUUCAUUUAGCUGACAGUUCACAGGAUGGAGAUGAAUCAGGAUUUUUGCCAGCAUCACCAGAUAAUUUAAAGUCCUAAACGACUUUCCGUAUUUUUUCAGAAAUCCAGGAUUUAGCUUAAACAUGCUGAUUUUAUUUUGAUCUGAUGCUAGAUCUUAUUUUAUUUGUAUAAUGAAUUUUAUCCCUUUUAAAAGUUUAACCCCUGCUCGUUUUGUCCGAGAAUUAACUUAAAGAACGAAGGCUUGUGAUUUCUAGUAUUCUAAGUUAGAUAAUACAGUGCUAGUUUAAUAUCUUUUAAAGAAAGGCAAGGCAUGGGGUUAUUAGACAUUGUAAUAUUAUUGAAUGCUAAAUUUGUCUUUCCCCUCACACCUCAUUAUGAAUUUUUUCGACCCGGCUAAAGUAUGAGCGCGUUCUAUGUAAAUGUACAUACAGGGUGUCCCACGAAACAUGACAAUAGCAAGACGACUUGAAAGUCGUCUUUGAUAUUUGAAUUUAUU